AUGGGCAACUGGAUCAUUAACCAUGGACUGUCAUCCUUCAUACUGCUGGUCUGGAUGGCCAUCAACAUAUUCCUGUUCCUUUGGUUCUAUUUCUUCUACGACUUGGGGGAUCAGUUUUUCUACACACGCCACAUUUUAGGGUCUGCAUUGGCCUGGGCCAGAGCCCCUGCAGCCGUCCUCAACUUCAACUGCCUGCUGAUUCUGCUGCCCGUGUGUCGUAACCUGCUGUCUCUCAUUCGCGGCUCCUUCAUGUGCUGUGGGCGAACUAUGAGGAAACAGUUGGACAAAAAUAUCAGUUUCCACAAGCUGGUGGCCUACAUGAUUGGGCUGAUGACAGCUGUUCACACCAUUGCCCAUUUGCUGAAUGUGGAGUGGUACUAUAAUAGCAGGCUUGGGGAGUAUGAUGACCUCAGCACGGCCCUGUCCAGCCUGGAUGACUCAGGAAACACCACCUUCCUGAACCCAAUCCGUUCUACAACCACUACGCCGACCCUCCUGGUGUUCACCACCGUCGCGGGGAUCACAGGCGUAAUCAUCACGCUGUCACUCAUCCUCAUGAUCACCUCAUCCAUGGAGGUCAUCAGGCGCAGCUACUUCGAGGUCUUCUGGUUCACACACCACCUUUUCAUCGUCUUCUUCGCUGGGCUGGUCAUCCAUGGAGCCGGACGCAUCGUGCGAAGUCAGACCACCACCAAUCCACCACAUAAUGCCACCUUCUGUAAAGAUCGAAUAGAUGACUGGGGGAAGAUUCAGGAGUGUCCCGUUCCCCAGUUUGCAGGGGGGUUCCCACAGACCUGGAUGUGGGUGAUCGGUCCCAUGAUCCUCUAUGUGUGCGAGCGCUUGCUGCGCUUCAUCCGCUACAUGCAGACUGUCAAAUACAGAAAGAUAGUUAUUCGACCAUCCAAAGUGUUGGAGCUGCAGCUGGUGAAGAACGGUUUCAAGAUGGACGUGGGUCAGUAUGUCUUCCUCAACUGCCCAGCCAUCUCCCAGCUGGAGUGGCACCCCUUCACCAUGACCUCGGCCCCCGAGGAGGACUUCUUCAGUGUGCACAUCCGCUCCGUGGGUGACUGGACCCAGAAACUAAUCAGCAUUGUGGAGCAGCUUCCUGAGGGGGCUGAGGGACCCAAAAUGGGUGUAGACGGACCGUUUGGUACGGCCAGUGAGGAUGUGUUUGACUACGAGGUUGCCAUGCUGGUUGGCGCUGGCAUUGGAGUCACCCCCUUCGCCUCCAUCCUCAAGUCCAUCUGGUACAAAUUCAAAGACUCCAACCCAAAGCUACGCACCAGAAAGAUCUACUUCUAUUGGUUGUGCAGAGAGACGCAUGCCUUUGAGUGGUUUGCAGAUCUGCUGCAGCUGCUGGAGAGGGAGAUGGAGGAAAGAGGCAUGGGAAGCUUCCUCACCUACAAACUCUACCUCACUGGAUGGGAUCAGAGCCAUGCAAACCAUGUGAUGGUUCAUGCGGAUGCGGACACAGAUGUGGUCACUGGUCUGAAGCAGAAAACCAACUACGGCAGGCCCAACUGGGAUAAGGAGUUUGAACAAGUGCGCAAAGAGAAUCCGACGUCAGUGGUGGGCACAUUCUUAUGUGGCCCUGCAGUCUUGGCUACUGUCUUGUCAAAGAAAUGUGUCAAAUACACGGAUGUCGAUCCCCGAAAGACCAAAUUCUACUUCAACAAGGAGAACUUCUGAGCAAAACAAUGAGCAAAACAA